AUGCAAAGUUCAUUUUUUCCUUCCAUUCCGCUAGCAAGGUUGUCGGAACUGAUAAUCCUCUACAGCAUUCUGACUCCUGAUAGCUACGACUCAGAGCUGCUAGUUGCCUUGACUUCUUUCGGCAGGUCUACACUAGGGCUAUUAAGGGAUGAACUGGAUGAACGUCAGGACGGAGGUCUCAAUAGAAUCGGGCUAAAGCAGGCCAAGCCGAGCUCGCCGUAG